GUUAAUGUUCGUGAAGAAAUUGAAGAGUUUUUUCCAAGAAUGUGGAAGAUAAAUCAAGAUAAAAGAAGGCUAAUGAAAAGUAUUAAAGAUCAGAAAAUUAAAAUUGAAUGGGGGAAAAAAUUGAACAGAAGAUUGGUCAGAUAGAAGCACUUGAAUAUUUUUUUAAGGCUAUAAUGAAUUGUUUGAAUUGGGGAAGAAUACACGAAGUAUGAAAAAUGAAAAACUCAAUGAAGAAUGAAGAAAAGUAGAAAGCAAGAGUGAAGUAGAAUUAAAAGAAUCUGGAAGAAUGAAUGGGUCCUAGGUUAAGUAAAUGAGUCUCGCUCCCAGUCAAAAUCUCCAGCUGGGAGUCCUGCUCGUGUAAAAUCGGAGAGCAGGUCAGGAUCUCGCAGUCCAUCGAGGGCUUCCAAACAUUCUGAAUCACACUCGAGGUCAAGAUCAAAAUCAAGAUCCAGGUCCAGAAGACAUUCGCACAGACGUUACACUCGUUCCAGAUCCCAUUCUCAUUCCCAUAGGAGACGUUCUCGAAGCAGAUCGUACACCCCAGAGUACCGUCGUCGAAGGAGCCGUAGUCAUUCUCCUAUGUCCAACAGGAGAAGGCACACUGGCAGCAGAGCUAAUCCAGAUCCCAAUACCUGUCUUGGAGUGUUUGGUCUCAGUUUGUAUACCACUGAGAGAGAUUUGCGUGAAGUCUUCUCCCGCUAUGGACCUUUGACUGGUGUCAAUGUGGUUUAUGAUCAACGGACUGGGCGAUCAAGAGGAUUUGCUUUUGUUUAUUUUGAGAGAAUUGACGAUUCUAAAGAGGCGAUGGAGCAUGCAAAUGGAAUGGAGCUGGAUGGCAGGAGGAUUCGGGUGGAUUACUCGAUCACCAAGAGAGCACAUACACCCACCCCAGGCAUCUACAUGGGCAGGCCAACACACAGUGGAGGAGGUGGUGGCGGUGGAGCUGGUCGUCGCCGGGACUCAUAUUAUGAUAGGGGCUAUGACAGAGGAUAUGACAGAUAUGAAGAAUAUGACUACAGAUACAGGAGACGAUCACCAUCGCCUUACUAUAGUCGAUACCGAUCACGAUCAAGAUCCCGUUCCUAUAGUCCAAGGCGCUACUGAAGGUCAGAAGAGUUCCAGUUGAGGACUUGAUUUUUAAAUACAAAGUUCAGAUCUCUAGCUUCCCUACUGCUUUCCCUUCUAUCCUCCCUUUCUUGUCCUCUUUCCAGCUCUUUCACAAGUCUUUGGUUCAUUUAGAAUAUACAUGUUUUCAGUUGAAGUAUUCCUAUUUUUCAUCCCUCCUUAUUGUAAUACUCUUAAAUAUUGUAAUUGUUGUAGUUUUUGUGUAGUAAAACAUCUUGAGCAAAAUGAAAUAAAGAACCCAAAGUGCUGAUACAUUUUGGAAGUCAUUCCUAUUUGGUUUUUAAAACAGUUGCACUCCUGACUAAUCAGAAGAGAGCAUUGAUAUUUUUAAAGCGUGCAUGUCAUGUAUUAUACACACUCAGAUACUUUAACAUAAAUCUGCAUUUCCAAGUAACUUGUUAAUCUUUCUGUUAAAAUGUUUACCUAUUACUUUGAUAAACAAGUAAUGACUUUGAGCCUUUUCUGUAAUGAGAAAUUUGCUUAGAUAGUCAUGAACCAGAGGAAUUUUUUUUUUAUUAUUAUUAUUUUUUUUGGUCAAGUAGUUGCUUUGAGAGUAGACUAUUUGAGCUAGAGAAAAAUUUGGUACUUGACUGGCUGGGAGAAUAGAUCCUUGUACACUCAAAAAUUAAGGCUGUGUUUUAUAGAAAAAAGUUUCUGGAUUGCUACACAGUGGAUUACAAAUGAAGUUAAAACUGUUGAAAUCCUGGGGUUUUCAUUGUACUUGGUUGGAUAUUUCCCCUUAAUUGGUGCAGGAGAAAAAAUAUUUAUUGAACAUAGCAAUUAGUUGUAUAAUUUGCUGUUCAUUAAAAAAAAUUACUGACUUUUUGGUAUUGCAAUAAUGAUUGAAAAAGUUUUGUUUCAAGUCCUUUUUGGAAUUUUGAAAGUACGGAUGGAAAAACCUACAACUACAUGUAAACCUUUUUUCUUCCUCAGUAAAAGUUAAGUCCACUGAUA